AUGAGCUGCAGUUGCAACGAUUCCAACCACACACACGACCCACAUCCUAGCAGCGGCGUAGACCACGAGAAUCUCUUUGGCGUCGUCGACCGGCCUAAUGUGACGUCCCUCAACACUGACGAGAGCGUGCCACCGCGUGACGUGAUAAAGGAGUGGGAUCAGCGCGAUGACAUGGACGUAUCACUCCACAGCGAUGCAGAUGAACAGCUGGUACUGAGGGUGCCCUUCACAGCCUCCGUCAAGCUCAAGUCGGUCCUGGUGAAGGGUGGUCUUGGAGAGAAGGCGCCGCGGACGCUGAAAAUCUACGCUAAUCAAUUUCUUGAUUUCGGCGACCUCGAUAAUGAGCCAGCACCCACGCAGACCAUCGAGUUAGUCGAGAGCUCCGAGUGUAUCGAGUAUCCAGUGAAAAUAGCCAAAUUUAACUCAUCUACCCAUCUCACUCUCUUUUUCGCUGAUAAUUUUGGCGCCGACGUCACUCAAAUUUUCUUUGUUGGCUUCAAAGGGAGCUGGACGGAGCUUAAGAGUGAGCCUGUCAUAACGACUUAUGAGGCAUUUGCCAACCCCUCCGACCAUAAGAAAAUAGCUGGCACUCAAGGUGGCCUUAAUAACCUGGGUAGCUAG